AUGUCUCUCAGCUGGCAAUUAUCGAUCAUCUUCGAUGGGACAAGUUCAUUUCUAGGAACCUUUGCAACUGAACUCAGGGAUGCAAACUUUGAUCCCGAAUCAUCAUACAACAGGUAUCCUACAAUGACGCGUUUCUUCGCCCACCUCUGCCUUUAUUUGCAGAUGAUCGACAUUCCGGUGCCGUCGCUUGUGACCAAAGUCAUUCUCGAGGCUUACCUACAAGUGUUGGAGGCUGCAGGCCAACGAGAGCUGAUUGCAAUGUAUGCUGGCGCACUAGGAGACAACGCAGUCGAGCGAUAUGCGAUGUUCUUGACUUCGCUCGAACUUGCCGCGGACGUCAACGAUCGUCGAUUAGCAUUGACUCGUGCGCGAGAGAAUGGUCUAGACGUUCACAAGGUGGCGGUCGUCGUUGCCAAACGAACAAUUGAUAGAGCAUUUGAGUCUUCUGUCAUUCCGUUGCAGGCCACUCCCUCAGAUGUCGAGUUCUUGCUGCUUUGUUCCAUAGAGUGGACAGCGUUCGAGGAUGGAAUGCAUGAUACUGCGCUGGAACAGGUGACCGUCAUUUUGUGGUACUUCCUAGUGGCUUCAGGUGCCGGGAGGGUUUUGCUUGCAAAGAACCUUGUGGAGAUGCUUCCGCGUGAACUCCCCUCCAUCGACCAGCCUGAGGAACGAGCCACAGAAUACCUUCACUACAGGCAGUUCUUGACGAUCCAGGACAGUCUUGACCGUGUCGUGGAGUGCCAGAGCCUAGGGGUGUCGAUGAUGAACCGGAACACCAGGGCUGCUUGGUUAAUUGACCAGGCUUACAAUGCAGUCGUGAAACUGUUCACUUCGGAUUGGAUGAUGCCAGACUAG